AAAGGAGGAGCCCCAACCUCCGGCCCAGGAGGUUCCAAUGGCCCCACCUUCACCUACACCUUCCGGGGCGACCCUCACGCCAUGUUUGCCGAAUUCUUCGAUGGUCGCAACCCCUUCGACACCUUCUUCGUCCAACGCAAUGGAGAUGAUGAGGACGGUGACGAUGCCUUCACUGCAUUCCACGUGGGAGGUUUUGGUAGCGUUGGCUUUCCUCGGGGUCGGGGGGGACCAGAAGGCGCCUGCCGUAAGCAAGACCCCCCAGUUCUCUACGACCUGAAGGUCUCCCUGGAGGAAAUCUACACUGGUUGUACCAAGAAGAUGAAGAUCUCCCACAAGCGGCUCAACCCCGACGGGAAGACGGUGCGUAACGAGGACAAGAUCCUCACCAUCGAGGUGAAGCGGGGUUGGAAGGAGGGCACCAAGAUCACCUUCCCCAAGGAGGGCGACCAGACCCCAAACAACAUCCCUGCCGAUGUCGUCUUCGUACUCAAAGAUAAACCCCACGGUGUCUUCCGCCGGGAAGGCUCGGACAUUGUCUACCCGGCGAAGAUCAGCCUCCGCGAG